CCGGUGCCGGCCGCGGCGCCGGCGCUGCCGCGAUUCGCCGCUCCGCGAGGCGGAGUGUGUCCCCGCCGGCUCGCCGUGCGGGGAGGCGGGCCGGGGGCCGGCUGAGAUGGGAGAGAGCAUGUCCAAGAGGCUGAAGCUGCAGCUGGGCGGCGAGGCGGAGAUGGAGGAGCGGGCUUUCGCCAACCCCUACCCCGACUACCAGCCCCAGGGAGCCGCGGCAGCCCACGGCGCGGCGGAGGCCCAGCGGGAUCGGGCGCUGCUGCCGCCGGCGGCGGAAGACCCGCUCCCCUUCGGCGCGGACGGGAAGGUCAGUGCUCAGUUCACAAAACGGAUCCAGACAAAAAUCAAGGACCUUCUGCAGCAAAUGGAGGAAGGGCUGAAGACAGCAGAUCCCCACGACUGCUCUGCCUAUACUGGCUGGACUGGCAUUGCCCUCUUGUAUCUCCAACUGUACCGUGUCACAAAAAACCAAAGCCAUUUGCAGCGAUCUCUCGAUUAUGUGAAGAGAAUCCUUCGCAAUCUGAAUGGCAGACGAGUUACUUUUCUCUGUGGUGAUGCUGGGCCACUCGCAGUGGGUGCAGUGGUUUAUCAUAUGCUGAAAAAUGAAAGUGAAUCUAAGGAAUGUGUUGCUAGGCUGUUGCAGCUGCAAAGGACAGUCGUAAGCACGGAUGCUGAACUUCCAGAUGAGCUGCUUUAUGGCAGAGCUGGUUACCUGUAUGCCUUGCUCUACCUGAAUACAGAAAUUGCUUCAGACACUGUCCCACAGUCCAUUAUCAAAGAGGUAAUAGAUGCCAUUAUUGAGUCAGGGAAGAACUUCUCGAAGGAGGAACGUAAGACAGAGCGUUGUCCUCUGUUAUAUCAGUGGCACAGGAAGCAAUAUGUUGGAGCGGCCCACGGUGUGGCUGGGAUCUAUUACAUGCUAAUGCAGCCAAUUGCAAAUGUGGAUCAGGAGACCUUGACAGAGUUGGUGAAGCCAAGCAUUGACUAUGUGCGUCAUAAAAAAUUCAGAUCUGGGAAUUACCCAUCGUCACUGAGCAAUGAGACUGACAGAUUGGUUCACUGGUGCCAUGGUGCCCCUGGAGUCAUCCACAUGCUCAUGCAAGCUUAUAAGACUUUUAAAGAGGACAAGUACUUGAAAGAUGCUAUGGAGUGUAGUGAUGUCAUCUGGCAAAGAGGUUUAUUGAGAAAAGGCUAUGGGAUCUGCCAUGGUACUGCUGGCAAUGGCUACUCCUUCUUGUCUCUCUAUAACCUAACUCAGGACAAAAAGUACCUCUACCGAGCUUGCAAGUUUGCUGAAUGGUGUUUGGAAUAUGGUGCACAUGGAUGCCGUAUUCCUGACCGCCCUUAUUCUCUUUUUGAAGGUAUGGCUGGAGCUAUUCACUUCCUCUCAGAUAUUUCAGUACCAGAGACUUCCCGGUUUCCAGCGUUUGAACUUGGACCUCAGAAGAGAGAAGACAAAAUGGAACAGGACAGCUAAAGGGUUCUUUGGAAAUUAAACACAUGCCAAAAGAGAUGAGACUGUUUAGUGCCUCAGAUACAGAACCAACAUAACCCUAAGCUGAUUGAUGGAUAAACUGUUUCUCACUUCUCCUGCCCCAAGGGACAUGAAGUCCUUAGAGCAUGAAUUGAGAGAAGCUACGUUUAAGUUCUGUUAAAGUGACACCUUCACAUGCAGAACGAGAGAAAUCAACUUUUGAACUUUCUCUCUUUCAUUGUAUUUGUCUUCUUCAGGUCUUUGACGUGACCUGCAUGUUUAUUGGUGUUGUCUGUUGAGUCUUUUGUUGUUAGCAAAGAGCUGUUCUCUGUGUGAAGCUCCAUCCUGUACCUUCAUGCAUGACCUGUAACAACAGUGUUGCUUUCUGUAGUGUGGUUAGCCUGAGAGCUCCACUGUAUGUCAGAGAGUUCACUGUAAGAGAGUACUCAGCUUCACUGGUGAGCUGACAACUUCAAAAAGAGAUGGAAAACAUGCAUUUUUUCAUUGCUUUCUACAUUUUUCUCCUCCACGGUCCCUAGAAGCUGAGGUGAUGGAGAUCAGCCUUGCUUGAUGAUGUGGUAUGAGGCCUUCUCAGUUUUCAGGAAUGUAUCAGGUUGGAUGUGACCUGUGGACUGACUUAUCUUUUGCUGCUGUUUUAGGAGCUUUUUUUUUUUUUGAGAGAGAGAGAGAGAGAGAGAGAGAGAGAAAUUGAGAAAGAGAGGCUGCCUGCACCUAGUCUGUGUGCUAGGGGGAGAUGCUCAUCCCCACCUCUGCAUGUUAGGAGCUUACCAAACUGCAGGCAGAGUUACCUGAACUAACCUCUUUCUGCUUCCAACAAGAGAGAAUGGACAGUGUAGCUAUGCUUUUCCAGUGCGGUUCAUGGAUUUGUAAUAAAUCUCUCUUCAACAGCACACAGUGUACAGGUAAGGGUGAAGUCAGCACUAUAUCUCAUGCUGGUUAAUCAGGAUGACUAUUAUUACUGAAUCAAGAAGGUGGACUGUUCCAGGCCCUUCCCUUCCUCUCCCUUACCCUUUUGCAUUUAUCCCAUGCUGUAUGACAGGAGCGAUAAAUACCAGCUGCUUGUGGAGGCUGCAGAAGAUCAAUAAGCAAUAUGUAUGCCAUUGCUAAAAGCUGUAAUUGAAGUUUAUUUUGGGUUGUUAGUGCUUUGCUUCCCCCUGCUGUGCAGUGGAGUUGUAGAGUAUUGAGUCUUCUCUCAGCUGUCAAAAUGUUAGUGAGUUCUGCCUCCAUAUGCUCACAUAGGGCUCUUUGUUUGGGAGAAGUGGAACAUACUCUUAAAUAUGUACAUUUACAACGCAUUCAUGUUUUCCAGACAAACAAGUAUGCAUACUAUUUGAGAAGGGUAAGAGUGGCAUUCUCUCACUUGUUCAAGUUCUGUUGUCAUCCUCACCUUCCUUACAGGCCUUGCUGUAUUCUGUCAUCUCAGGUGCUUAUUUUAAUUGGUACCUUACAUCAGGUGAAAAUGUGACAGAUGGCUGAGAGUCUGACCUUUCAGGUGCCCAUUGGGAUAUCUGCGACCAUUGGCACCUGCUGAAUUCUCGUGUUUGUGGUCAGGCUUGGAAAUGCAUGUCUGUACGUGCAUAAAACAGGUAGCAGGUGACUUACCUGAACAUUGACUUGUCUGUUGCCAAUUCUGUUGGGGUGCUAAUGUUUUCUGGAUUCAGUUCUGCUAGGCAAUAGCAGCAGUGCCAGUGCUGAGAGAGCUUAAUGUCUGCUGAUUUGUCAGUUAAGAUUGGGAGCAGUGAGAGACUUUUACACUCCUCUAAGAGUAGAUCUGUUGGGGGCACUGAGCCCAGAUGCAUCUGUGCAGCCAGGCAAGAGGGAAGAUUCUGAAAGGCAGCAGGGAGGAGGGUAUUGCAUGGCAAACAGCUGUGGUGAACCUGAUGUAAGAGGCAGAAAGCAGUGGGAUCAAUGAGGGACAGGGAGCUGAUCACAGGAGGCAGUGUGCAGAAUGUACCAGCUCAAGUGAAAUGCUUUGCUGCAGCAUGCAUGCCAAAGUCUAACUCUUCUGUCUGUAUUUCUUCUGUCAUUGUGUGGUUUACUGCCUGUAAUCCAGGGAGGAAAGUAGCUCACAGUGAAGUCUGACAGCCUAACAAAGGAAGACCUGGAGGUUUAAAAAAAAAAAAAAAAGAAAAGAAAAGAAAACCACCACCCCUUCUUUCUCCUUCAUCUCUACAGCUGUAAAGUGCAUGCGCUGGGUUAAGUGGGUGGGAUGCAUUCCUCUGCCAGGUCUGCAGGAGCUCCUGCAAAUGCAGCACAGAAGCCACUCACUAUCCUAGUGAUCCAGGCCUGUCUUUCAUGACCAACAAGCUGGGGGUGACAGGGGAAGGCUUUCAUUCGUUUGUUGGGAGCCACCUUGGCUGCUGUGCUUGGGAUGGCACCUGUGGAAUAUGAUGGUGUUGGCUGGCUGGAACACAGGGAGAAUUAAAAUUACCGGCUGGUUUAAAAAAUGCAGGUGUACACACAUGUAGAACUGCUUAACAGUGAGUAGAGAUCAGAGGUGCGUGAUUGCCACAGUCAAUAGGGUGAGCAUGUCCUCUGUGUGCUCCUGCACCGCAGCUCUGCUGUGGGGUGAAGCCCAGCACCAGGUUCUCUUGGAAUUGAGCAAGACUGGGAAUGUCAUAUAUCACAGAAGGAGGUCUGCGAGUGCCUUUGCUUUGUCUUCCUCACAUGGCUCUCACUGCAGCUCCUCCUUUCUGUUUUACACCUUGUGAUAUCCAGGCACCUGUUACAAAGUGUAUUGUGGGAAGGGGUGGAAAAAAUGCAUUUUAACAAGACACCAUUUUCAGAAAUCUCAUCAAACUAAAAUGUGGAAAAUGGCUAAAUAUUCCCUGUUUUGCUUUGUCCACGUGUAGUAGUCCAUCUGUUGCAAAAAGCCGUAGUGUUAAAAAUGGAGAUGUUCUUUGGGCAGAAAAAGAGGAAAAAAUGCUGAUGUGUUGUUCUUUGGCUUUAUUAGUAAAGAUCAAGUUAUGUGGUGGUAA